AUGGAACCUGCGGAGGCCUCCGCACCCCGUGGUGCUGCAUUGGAUCGCGGAGGCGACAUGUGCCUCGGGGGAACCACGGGCGACAACACGCGCCUACUUGGGCAGGUGCCAGAGGAGGAGGAGGAGGAGGAGGAGGAGGAGGAGGAGGAGGAGGAGGAGGAGGAGGAGGAGGAGGAGGAGGAGGAGGAGGAUGAGGAGGAGGAGGAGGAGGGGGAGAUGCAGGCGGAGGGCGUGAGGGAGGUGGCCAUGGCAACCGGCCUGGAUGUGCCGUACCAGGAGACCCCCAACUACCGCGGAGCGGCGGCUGAGGCUAACCGCAUGAUCGAGCCUAGGGAGACGGCUAGGCAUGCCUGGCGAGUGCCAGACCUGGGUGUUAGGGAGCCUGCUGUUAGUGCAGGUGAGGAGGCCGUGACUGAGGAGGGCUAG